CACUGCCUCCUCUACACGCGGCGAAGCGCACUCUCACGGCUUCGACACCACUCACUCAACUCUUUCGCUGAAUUUCGUUUAUAAAUUUCAAAAAAAAAAAAAAUCUUUCUUUUCCCAAUCUAAAUCCAAAUCCGGAAAACCCACUUCCCCAAAAUCAAAACCCCUUUUCGUCAUUGUAAACAGAGGAAGCGUUAGGAAUAGUUGAGUCUGGGUUGGGAAUUUUGUUUGUAUGGCAAAAAGACAAUCCAGCAUUUAAGCGGUCUUCUUGUUUUUUCGUCAUUGUAAUUUAAUGUUUGGAUAUGCUGAGGGAUAUGCUGAAGGCUUAAAUUAAGAAUAUCGGAUCAGAUUUUCCUUUUUUGUGUGCCUGUAAUUAAGUUUAUUUAUCUUCUGUUUUUUUGUUCUUUCCAUUCUCUCUCAGUCGCUUCUUUGUUAUUAUAUUUCUCAUUCUUCUUAUUUUCUUUUCAAUCCUCACUCCAAAAUCAAGAUCAAAAUCGUCAAUGUGGUCCUCCACUGUCCACUCAAAUCUCGAGAGUUUCCUCCACUGUAUUACGCCCAGUCCUCCGUCGAGACGUCUUCCUCAGAGCUGUAUUCAUGAAAUAAACAGCCAAUGGCAACCACUUGAUAAGGAUGUAGUUGAAUAUUUCACAUUGGGAGAUCUCUGGAAUUGCUAUGAUGAAUGGAGUGCAUAUGGUGCUGGAACAUCGGUGGUGUUAGAUAGCAGUGAGGAUGUUAUGCAAUUCUAUGUUCCUUACCUAUCGGCCAUUCAGAUCUACACUAAUAAGCCUGUUGCCACUUCGAGGACUCUGAGGGAGGAUGCUGAUGUUAUUGAAUUUGAAAGUGAUUCUUGGAGUGAUGAUAGUGGGAGUGAUAAGUUAUCAAGGUCUCUCAGCGACCACUCUAGCAGGACUUGGGAUGCCAUUUCUGAGGAUUCAAACUUGGACCAGGAUGGCUCAUGGCCAUUGAACAAUAAGCUUGGGUACCUUAACUUCCAGUACUUCGAGAUGGCUUCUCCUUACUGGAGGGUUCCAUUUAAGGAAAAGAUAACUGAAUUAACUCAAAAUAAUCCGGGGCUAUUGACCCUCAGAAGCGUGGAUCUCUCACCUGCUAGUUGGAUGGCCGUUGCAUGGUAUCCUAUCUAUCAUAUUCCAUCAAAGAAAAAUGAGAAGGACUUGUCAACAUGCUUCCUCUCUUAUCAUACGCUAUCCUCAUCUUUUCAAGAUAGUAUGGUUGAGCAUGACAACAAUGGCAACCCAAAAGGCGAAGGUGGCAGAAGAGUUCCCCUUACCCCCUUUGGGCUAGCUUCUUACAAAAUGCAAGGAGAUAUUUGGGUAAACCCAGAUGCGUCUGACCAAGAGAAACUAAUCGAUCUCCAUUGCGCAGCAGAUUCCUGGUUGAAGCAGCUUAAUGUCAACCACCACGACUUCAGCUUUUUCACUCACCACUCUUCUAAAUCAGUAUGUAUGUUUACAUGACCUCUUUAUCCUAUAGCUUUUGUUUAGUCAUCACCGGGCAGCCAUUGUGUAAGAAACUUCCCCACCGCUUUAGUUUUGAAAGCAAGCAUUCGGUAACGUGGAGCAUCGAUGCAAAUGCAAAGCCUUUCAUCAAUGCAGUUUGUUGAGUUUGUUGUUAAGUUUCUUAGGCAUCAACCCUAUAAUUAGGCCCUUUCCUAACUUUUAUAAUUUUCCCUUUUGCUUUUAUGUUUCGUUAGUUUGUGCAGAUGCUUGUGAAUUUUCAGUUGUAUGGAUUCAAAACUAGUUUAAUAGAAGCAUAUGAAGUAAAGACUUCUGCCUUUUGUAUA